AUGGCACCUGCAGCAACUGGUGCGAAGAAACAGAAGAAGAAGUGGUCCAAGGGCAAGGUUAAGGACAAGGCCCAGCACGCCGUCCUGCUCGACAAGACCACCUCCGAGAAGCUCUACAAGGAUGUCCAGUCAUACCGCCUCGUCACAGUCGCCACCCUCGUCGACAGACUAAAGAUCAACGGUUCGCUGGCGCGCCAAUGCCUGCGCGACCUUGAGGAGAAGGGUCAGAUCAAGCCCAUCGUCACCCACAGCAAGAUGAAGAUCUACACCCGAGCCGUCGGUGCGUCGGAAUAA